UUUGUUUGUACUAGAAAUACCAGUAUGUAGCUGGCUAGACAUUGAAUUACUCCAACAGGAGGCUCUUCAAGUACGAUCAAUGUGCGUCGAAUACAGUAAACAGGAUUUAUAUUAUCCUAUGUGUGUUUUUUUUUUUUUACAGGUCAUGCUGAUUGUAGCCACGGAAUUUGAACAAUAAGCCUAAUUGUUGACCCUUGUGAAUUUUAGAAAAGCACGGCACUGCACCAUGUCGAAGAAGAACCUGACAAGUGUUUUCAGCAAUGUUCAUAGCUGAGCGCAUCCUUCAAUAGACACGGUUGCCAUGGAGCCCAGUCGAGGAAAUGAGUUGACAAGGGAAACAAAGCCUUUGUCUGAUGUCUGUGAGCAGACAGCCAGGGGGAGCGAGGGCCUGCAGCCUGAGGCAGAGACACCAUCUGAGCGUGCAGGUGCGGCCCCGUCUGAGUUACAGCCUUCUGGAAAGCUGAAGAAAACUGCUUUUAAACUCUUUGGUGGCCGGAGGAGCAUCUGUGCCUUGCCCAGCUUCUUCGGAGGGAGAAACAAGAGUCAUAGCAAGGGAUCCUCCAAGAAGGGCAUCAUUAAGAGCAAAACCCAUGAUUGCAUUAGCAAGGUUAGCUGGGAAGAUGCCAAAAGAGAGGGAGAUGUCCCAGCAGGAGACUUUGAGUACCACAAUCAAAAUGGCUCUACUGAAAAGACCCUGCCCAGUUCUCAUAGUGCAAAUGUUAUGAGUGGCAAUGAUGGGGUGGAAAUUACUAAAGGGGAAUCUUAUUUGGAGAAUGGUGACCGUAAACCUAGUUUGGAGAAAUCUUUGUCUUUCCCACGUCCAAAGAAGGGAUUUAAAGGGCUAUUCAGCAGCAUCAGACGUCAUAAAAAGAAUAAACAUGUUAAAAUGGAAAAGACUGAUUUAGACAUCCCUAAAGAUGUGGUGCAUGUUAAGCACAGCAUUGAUCGACAUGAUAUAGAACCUCUGGGUAAUUUGGAAGAAUUGAAUGUGCCUGCUUCAGUAAAUGUUAAAGAGGAGUUAUUUAUUGCUCAUGAAUGUGAAAAAGAGGGAAUGAUAACUGAAAAAGAUGUCUCCAAGUCUGACCGAGAGAGUCUGAAGUCAUUGAAAACUCAGAUAUUUAGAGAUGGAGACAAUGGUGGGAUAGAACAUGCAGAAGUCAUGAAUACGACUGUAGAGCACCACUGUGCCAACUCCAUUACGCACCUUUCGGACAUCAACUCAAACUGCACAGAGAAUAUCCAACCUUCUGUUCACUCAUCUGAGCAGAUCAGCCUGAUAUUUGGUGAUGUGUCCUCGCUGAAAAGCUUCGACUCCCUCACUGGAUGUGGAGACAUUAUUGCUGACCAAGAUGACGACAGCGUUGCUGAAAGCAGUGUUUCUGGAGAAAGGGCUCGUAAUGCUGGGAAAAGGAGUUCAUGCUAUGUUACAUAUCAGGGUGGAGGGGAAGAAAUGGCUACACCUGAUGAAGUUGACAGAAAGUAUCUUCAGGGCUUGUGGGAAAGUGAAGCUGCAGCAGAUACUGAUUAUGCUCCCAGGCAACAGAGUGAUUUUAUGGAACCUGAUAAAAAUCCUGAAAUAACCUCUGAAGCAUCAGACAUUCUUUCUCCCCAUAUAGAUGAUGACAGUGGUACCACCUUUUCUCAUGUCUCAGAUACUGCCAUCACGCCUGGAGAUGUUUUAACUCCUCAAAGUGAGCAUCAGGAAUCAGUCCCCAACAGUGAUGAAGGUUAUUAUGAUUCUACCACACCAGGAGCUGAUGAUGAUGGGGUUGAUGAAGUUGGCAGAAUUGGAGGUGACAGGCUACCAAGAGAUAGUUAUAGUGGCGAUGCUCUUUAUGAACUCUUUGAGCCAGAUGACAGCCUUAUGAGCCCCACUCUAAAGGAGGGUUCUUCCUUUGAGAUACAGAAAUCAACCCCAGAUCGUUUGGAAUUUUUAGACAUAACAUUGAACUGCAUUGACACAAAUUUGCAUACGAGCUUUGCACCUAACAUUGGUCUUGCUGGAUCAGAAAAUACCAGAUUGGCUAAAAUUCAGCAUGAGCUCCUGAACUCUAAACUGCAAAGUAUACAGAAACCACUUCCAGAACACACUGUGUUGGGAAGGGGCAGGUUUUUCCCCAGUGACAAACCCACUGAAUGUAUGUUGGAUCGACAGCAUUAUUCUUGCCUUAAGGAAGAGCAAAGUACUUUGCAUAUAUCAAAUUCAAUGGAGAAAAGUCUGCGUCAGGGAUCACAAAGCCUAAAAAACACUACCAAGAUUGAGGUAUAUGACAAGUCACUAUCUCUUUUGGAAACGGAUACAAUUUGCACCCAUGGUUUACAUACACCAAAUCAGAUACAGGCUUCUGAAUUGUAUAUCGAUAAAGGCACCCGAAGACCUUCGCCGACAGAGAAAAAUGAAAGUAUUCCCUCCACCAAAAUGAACGCUGAAGCUGAGCAUGACCAGACGAUUUGUUUUUCCCAAGCACUGGUGGAUUUCACAAAACACACCCAGCUUUUCAAUGAUCUUUCUGGAAAUCUGACUAGUUCCGAAUCCACUUCUCCUUUUGCCCAGAACAUGCAGGUGCUUCCGUCCAUGGUCACAUUUGACAUCGUAGAUAUGGAGAAUGAGGGGGAAUAUGAUGAUCAGGUAGAGAUGGCAGCUGAUGAGGACGUUGCUUCACCAUUUGAAGAUUAUAAUGAGUCAUACCUGCAGAAGGAUUUUGUUGAAUGUGAAGCGCGACAGUUUGACUUCAAUGAACAAAGUUUGUUUCUCAAUAAUAGAUGGGGAGUCGCUAGUCUCCCUCGGCAUCUUAGCCUUACAAAAGUCAAUCAGUCUGUUUCAGCCCCACUUACCUUAAACAGGAGAAGCAGGUCCCUAGACACCGAUAGUUUGGAGUUUGAGAUGAGUGACAUGUACCUUGUACAAUCAAGGGUCAGCCUGUCAUUGAAUCCCUUUUCUCGAAAUGAGAUGAAUUUUAAGAAGGCGUUUUCCCUGCAUGAUAAAAGGGAUGGGAACUCUGCCAGCUGUGAGCUGAAGAACAAUGAUGACAAUGUAACAACGUCAUGGCAACCAGAGACUGCGGGGACCUUUAUGGGCCCCUUAACAGAUGGAGAGGGAGCUGAACAGGUGCAGACCGCUACUCUCGCUCAACAAGAAAAACCUAAGCUAACAUGUGGUCCUAAUGAUAGGUUAGAGGUUCAGCCAGCAGGUCAUUCUCAAAACCGGAAAACCCAAACACCGGUUUCAAACCCCCUGCUACUUGAUAAAGGGCUCUGCAGCCCUGUGUUAUACAGUGCAGAGAAGUCAACGUGGCCGUUUUAUAAGCCCUUGCAAUCAGAGGAUAACACUUCAGUCUCUGCCAACGUUAGAGUUUGCUGCAGAGAAUUUCUGUCUGAGUGUUGAUUAUAUUUCGAUUAACAGGAGUAAGUCUCAUUUCUUGAGGGGCAAUAAUUCACAAUUCAAACCAUCCACAAGUAACCAAGAGAUGUUACUUAUAAAUGCAGACAAGCUCUUGAUGUGGGAUUGUCUGCUGGGUUUAGCGCCCGUAAAUCAGAUUUAAUAACAUGAAAUGCUAUAAAGCUUCUGACAUUCUGAGGAUUUAAAAUUUUUUGUUGUUUUUUGUAUCCAUUGCCGCCAAAGACACUUAAUUUUUCACAAAUUAACUUUGUUUUAAAUGCAUUAAUUUAUGACUUGACCCUUUUGUAACUCAGUUUUUUAGUAGGAAUGCUACCAACACAACAUGUAAAUUUUAAAUGUACCGUAUGGUUUAAUAUACAAACUUAGACGUUGAGAUUAUUUUGUGCUUGAGAAGAUGAACAUCAGUCUGGAAGCUAUAGAUUUUAUAGUCCAACCUCACAAGGCAGCCUUUCACUGUUGUUAAUAUUGUUUUGUAUAUAAUAGAUAUUGAUACCAUGGUCAAAUUUUAUAUUUAACCCCAGAUUUGGAAUGUUUCUCAAUAUAAAAAUACAAAAUGUUCAAAGCAAAUUCUGGCUUCUGUAGUCCUGGCUCUUAUAAAAGAGUGUCUGUCUUCUCUGUCAAAACAGACAGAUAGUAAGGCUUCAGUUUGAAAUGCUCCUUUUUGGAAGAAUUACUUCCUUGAGUUCAGCUGUCAGAGCUUCCAAAAGUACCUUAUUUAUUUGGUGUGUAUAUAUACUUCCUUUGGAAAUGUUGUUCAGACAGAUUUGCUGGAAAGCUAGGAAAACUUUUGUGCUGCUUAGCUAGGACAGUUCCUAUAAAAUGUAUCUUUUGUUCAAUGAGGCCGUAGAUCACCUAGCCAGUAAUGCUUUUUACUGUGAAAAUAUUUUUGAAAAAAUAUUUGUCUUGCAGUAGUGGUGUUGCUUGCAAAACCACACUGUGCUGCCAUUGGCAUAUUUCAAGAAUAUGGAGGAUUUGUCAGCAAAUACUAGAUACUUUCCCUCUCUUUAUUUUCCUGUACUGUAUUAAGCAAGUCCUGUUGAAUGUUCCAAAUCUAGGCAUUUAGAAAAGAAUCACUUAAUUUUUUUUUGCAAGCCCACCAUGAUUUUGUUUUGCAUGUUCUUAUCACCUGCAAAAACAUUAUUAUUGAAAAUUACUGAAAAAUAUUGUUUUAGUUAGGUUAGUAGUACCCCAAAACAUGAUGUAACUGCAAAUUGAACAUUUGUGUUUUUUUUUAUUGUUCAUCUCUAAGGGUUAUAUUAUGCUGUUAUACCAUAUUGUUGUUACUGCAUCCUAGUAAAUUCCCACACAAGAAGCCCAAAGCAUGCAUGUGGUUGUUUUUUACAAACGGUUAUUGCUUCAUCCGCGUUGACAUUGUGUUUAUUAAAAGACAAUGAACGUGUAACAACAUGCUAGUUACUGACUGGGAAUAUUCAUCUAAUUUCAGUACCACUCUAAGGUCUGGGUAUCUGAAAAGGGCAUUAAAUCACAAAUCACAUUUCUCUAUGCUUGCUUUACACCCCACCCACUGUCCAGUUUCUGCUUUUAAAAAUAAUUAACGCUGAAAGGUUAUAGGAUCUUUUAGAAUGUGAAGUGUAAACUGGAAUGAAACCUAAACGCUUGUCUCUUCAGUGAGUACUGGGCUAUGAUUUACAGUCUGUCUUAACUCUGCUGCAUUUUGUUUUUCUGUAAAUAUUCAAAUACAGUCACAUGACAUGCAUAGUGCCUUUUGAUUGCUACUUACAAAUGCAGUUAUGUUUUUCCGAAAAAUUGGGUCCGUUUCACUUUCCUAAUUGUCGAUUUUAAUGUUUGACAGUUCAAUGUAAACAAUACCUGCAUUUGUCAUGUUCUACAGUAACUACUCCAUUGGAUUCAUAUGCUGCUGAUAUUAUCAGUGACCAGUGCUCUUAUAUCUUGGUGGUUACCAAAGAUGCUUCUUUUUGCAGUGUUUACAGACCAUAGUUUAUUCAUGCACCGACUGAACUACCUUAUACUGGAUCACUAUACAUAGUGGGCAGUUUUUUUGCAUGGUUUCCAAAUAUACUUUUGGGAAAUAUUAUUAUAAUCAUUUUAAAUUUGAGUAGCAUAGUGCCAAAUGAUACACUUGAAGGCUUGUACAAUUUGAAAAUGAUUUAAUUCAACAGUCUUGCUUAUUAGAUUUUCCCUCCAUAUUAUUACAUUGCUUUUAUCGAAUGCAAUGACUUCUUUUAUAGGUUUUUAUAGUAAUAUAAUUCAUACUGUAUCAGAAACACAUUACUCUGUCUAAAUUUAACAGGUUUUAAGUGCCAUUUGACAGCACAUCCAAUAAAAUGAUAGAUGUGUUUUAGCAUAUAGAUUACAUCAUUUUUUUAUUUUGUUUUUUUAUUGAACACCUGUCUUGUCUGUACUGAAAGGACAUUUUGUGCUAGGUAUUUUUGAUUUUUAUCCAAAAAUUGGUUUGUCCUCAUUGUGUUGUUGCCUGUCUCUUUGUCUGAGAAUGAUGUGGAGAUGGACAUUGUGGUAAAGCUGUCAAAAUAAAUGUUAACUGCACUCUAA